AUGAAAAUUGAGUGCAAAUUGUUGUCUUAUUCGACAGAGUCACUUACCCAGUCAAAAAACGGAGUGUGGUGGUGGGAGGGAGCGCCUGUAUUCACCAGCGAGCACACGAUUCGCAUAUGGAACAAUGGACAGAAGGUAGAGUUCAGCCCGAAGACUGCGUCAUUUGUACUGAACAUAGAGUCCAUCCAUGACAUUAAAAUGGGAAUUCUGGAGAUAUUCAUUUUAUCAGAAGGCUUGAUCCAAAAUGAGCUCGUCGGAUACGCCUUCAAAAGAGUGGAGGACCUGCUGCAGAAAAAGAAGAACUCUGUGCACUACCUAAAAAUACUUCCCGUGAACGAUCCAAUAAGCGGGUGGCUGUACACCAAACAGCCGCACUCCGACUCCUUUAGGCCAAAAGAGAUGGAAUUCUAUCUGGCGCUGUCUGUUACAAUACACAGAACGAUUAACAUUAUGGAAAAAAAGAAAAUUCCUUUUCUCUGGGCAGGCUUUUUAAAGAAUGAAGCUGUUGCUGGAAGGAUAUUCGAUCUGCAGCAGGCGUUCUUGUUCCUAUUCCGAGACAUGCACAACAUUUCCGAGUUUGUAUAUGGCAUCAGAGAGCUUUUUCUGUACUACAACCAGAGAGACGCGCUUGAAUUUAAAAAUGUUCCUCUUUACGAGUUCGCAGAAAAGAAGAGCGGCUUCAUGGAGAGCAUACGGAGAAGAAUAUUUGGCAGAAAAGAGUCCACCCACGAGAGAAGAGUGUUCUACUCUCUCUAUCUGAAAGAAGCCCUGAAAAAAACUAACCCUUUUAUGUGGCACGUGGAAACGGAAGAUUUUUAUCAAAAUCACUUAAAAAACUACAGAUAUGCUAUUUCCCCAUAUGGACACGCAUUUUUAAAUCUACACUCCCUCCUGAACGUAAUCAAAAACAAAAUAGAACACUGCGAGUGUCUCCAGUGCGCCAGCCCAAAGAUAAAACAGGAAGAAAAGUUUUUCCAUCUGUUUUCAGGCAUUCCGUAUGAAGACAUUCUGCACGACGACAGCAAGUACCUGGAAUACGUUAUAUUCAUUGAAAAAGCUGAAAACUGUCUGUACAUUGCAUUCAAAGGAACACUGCACAGCAGAGAGGCCCUGAUUGACAUAGACUACAAAUACUACAAAUACAAGGGGAAUCUGUUCCACCAGGGAAUGUUCAAAGAGUCCGAAAAGUUUUUCAAAGAAAAAGAACAGAAGAUACUGCAUCUCAUGAAAAGCAACAACUUAAGCAGAAUACGGCUUGUAGGGCAGUCGCUGGGAGGGGCGCUGUCUAUGCUCGUGUGGAUGUUUAUGAGAGAGAGCCCAUUUCUAUCGCAGUACAAAAUAGCAUGCAUUGCAUACUCGCCUCCGCCCAUCAUUAAUAAUCCAGGAUGGUUCAAAAAGCUGAUAGAUAAAAAAACAGAAAAUACAGUCACAGCUGUUAUCUAUGGAAACGACAUUGUUCCCACCCUGUGCCUGGGGAAGGUGUUUGAGCUGAGGCUGCUGGCAACCCAUUUCUAUGCGAUCAGUGUGUCAAAGUACAAAAACAAGAACAAGUACAUACACGCCAUUCUUAGAAAGAUGAAAAAAAAAGGAAUGGCCAAACUGUUCAUACCGGGGGAUAUUUAUAAAAUACGGCACACAACAACAAGCCCGAGUACAUUUUUAGUCAGAAGAACACACUGGUCAGAGUACAGCUCGAUAAAGCUGUGGACAAAGGCAUUCAUCCACCACACACCCGGCGCCAUGAUAAACGCCCUGCAAAAAUCGAUAAAGUAUUUCUACACAGAGCCCUCACAAGAAAAAGAGUUGUCUGAUGACUUAGAUAAUAAUAACAUGGGCUCCCUGCACUCUCAGGCGCCCAGUGAUAAAGCAGAAAAAUCAAGAUGCAAUCCUCUAUAA